AUGUGUGGAUAUUUCUACAAGUCCAAUAGAGUAUUAGUUAGCCUUCAACUUGAUAUUGGUGACUUAAAGGGACAAGGUUAUGAUAAUGGCUCCAACAUGAAAGGAAAAAAUAAGGGUGUGCAAACAAGGGUACUUGAAGUAAAUUCAAGAGCAUUCUAUAUGUUAUGUGGUUGGCAUAGUCUCAAUUUUGUUCUUUGUAAUAUGGCCAACUCUUAUUCUAAAGCAAAAAUAUUUUUCGAAGUGGUACAACGUCUAUAUGUGUUGUUUUCCUCUUCAACCCAACGGUGGGCAAUUUUAAAAGACAAUUUGAAAGAUGUGAAGGGUCUCACGCUUAAGACAUUGUCACAAAUACGUUGGGAAAGUCGUAUUGAAAGCAUCAAGUCAAUAACAUACCAUCCCUCAAAACUAAAAGAUGCUUUGGUAGACGCAAACGACACGACAGAGUCGAUAGCACAAAGUGAAGCUAAAUCUCUUGCAAAGAACGAACUUGAGAAUUUUGAGUUCUUGUUUGCCAUGGCUAUUUGGUACAAGUUGUUGUUUGCUGUUAACAUUGUGAGCAAGUUUCUUCAAAGUGAAGACAUGUGCAUAGACCUUGCUAUCGAGAAGUUAAAAGACCUUAUUUGA